AUGAGGGAGAUGUCGGUGCGGCUACUGGCGGCGCUCCUGCUCGCCGUGUCCCCGCUCGGUGCCGCCCUGCGCAAUGUCACCGGGGAUGUGCUGGGCGCCGAGGCCCUGGGGCGGGUGGCUGCCUUCGGGGACUUCAAUGCAGAUAAACAGACCGAUCUCUUUGUCGUCCGAGGGGGUAAUGAAUUAUGGAUCUUUUUGGCAGACUUGAAAUUGACGCCGUAUUUUAACCCAAAAAUCAAACUUUCAUUAGUGAGAGAGGGGUUGGUCAUCACCAGCGUGGUCCCCGGCGAUUACAAUGGCGAUUCGCAGAUGGAUGUACUGCUGACGACAGUCCCCAAGGGUCAAGGUGGCACUGACUCUCCAUUGUCUGCUGUUAUCUACCUGGGACAAAACCAAACCCUCAGUCUCAAUCACAGGCUUCAGCUAAACAGAACCUAUUCAGAUGAGCCACUUAUCAUGGACUUUAAUGGAGAUCUCAUUCCUGAUAUAUUUGGUGUCACCACAGAAAGCCAGACUCCUUUAAUCAUAUAUGGCGGGAACCUGCCUGUAACGGCAAGUCUGAAUACUACACGUGAAAUGUGGGUGCCUCAUUCCCAUGCCUUUAUAGACCUAACAGGAGAUUUUACCGCUGAUCUGUUUCUUACGACUGUGGGAGAUAACAAGGACGUCCAGUUUGAGAUCUGGGAGAACCAGGACGGCAAUUUCUCAUCUGUCACCUUCAUCCAUCCAAAGCCCAAAGACGCUAAGAUCAUCGGGCAGUCCGUCUUUGCAGAUUUUGAUGGAGAUGGCAAGCAGGAUCACCUAUUGCCAGUCUGUGAAGAUGAAAAUUGCAAGAAGAGCGUUAUUUACCUCAUGAAACAUGGCGAUACUCAGUGGGUUCCGGUGUUGCAGAAUUUUACCAAUGUAAACACACUUUGGGGUUUUGUUGUCCCCACCCCUCCUCUUGUCCAAUCAUUGCCGAUUACUCUUCAUAUCGGGGAUUACAAUAUUGACGGUUAUCCAGAUGCUCUUGUCGUUCUGCGGAAUACAUCAGGAAGCAACCAGCAAGCUUUCCUACUCGAGAACGUCCCCUGUGCAAAUACCACUUGCACCAGGGUGUUUGAAGUCCAUUGGGAGAUCCCAGACCUAAAUGAAAUAAAGGACGCGGCGGUGGCGACAUUCUUUGACAUUUAUGAAGAUGGGAUUCUGGACAUCAUCGUGCAAAGUAAGGGAGAGUCUGAAGACAACGCCAUCCAUGUCUUGCUGAAUAACUUCGAAGCUGACGCCUAUUUUGUCAAAGUUAUCGUGCUCAGUGGAAUUUGCUCCAAUGACUGCCCGAACAAUGUGAAGCCAUUCGGUGUUAACCAGCCAGGUCCGUACAUAAUGUACACAACAGUGGAUGCGAAUGGCUAUAUGAAAAACGCCUCAGCUGGCCAGCUGAGUCAGUCGGCACACAUGUCCCUCCAGCUGCCGUACAGUGUCCUGGGAUUAGGGCGCAGCGCCAACUUUCUUGAUCAUCUGUACGUCGGAAUCCCACGGCCCCCCGGAGAAAAGCAAAUAAGGAAACAAGAAUGGACGGCUAUCAUCCCGAAUUCCCAACUGAUUGUUAUUCCGUUCCCGCAUGAUAUCCCUAAAAGCUGGAGUGCAAAGCUGUACCUGACGCCCAGUAACAUUGUCCUACUGACCGCCAUAGCCCUCAUCGGCGUCUGCGUGUUCAUCCUGGCUAUAAUUGGCAUCCUGCACUGGCAAGAGAAGAAAGCGGACGACCGGGAGAAGCGACAGGAAGCGCAUCGCUUCCAUUUUGACGCCAUGUGAUUCUCGGAGGAACCCUUCAGCUGCCUGCGCAUGUCGGACCUGCGGCCGCAUCUACAUACCAUGCGAUGCGUUUGACAGUGGUGGCCAUGUUGCAGGAUGGCCAGGCCACAACCACCAGGAAUAGUCCUAUAUGUAUAUUUUGCAUUAUGUGUUAAUUUAUUGGUGCACAUUAAAAACAUGAGGUUGGAAUCCUGUCUUAGGCCCCCGUUAAGCUCCGUGAAAGGGGUACCGUAGGCUUUUUUUUUUAUUUUUCUUCUCUGAAGGGAUCAUUUUACGGUCUCCGUCUACUAUAAUUUGGCAGAAGGGACAAUAUGAUGAUGUUUGAAUCUCUGGGAAUGAUUUUCGAUGUGAUCACUGUCCGUUAUACGAGAUUAUAAUACCUGUUACAUCUGUAUAAUUUUGCAUGUUUGCACAAGCUUGGAUGAAAGCUGUAACAUAAAACUUUUUUUCUUUUUUUUAACUAAAAUUAAGUGUACCAGGGUGUGUUGUGUAAGGUGCGUUAGAUUAGAGGGGGCAGGAAAGGUCAGUGUUUUACAGUGUAAUUGUCGCCGGCACAGUGCCAUUUUGUGACCUGUGACUGAGUGAUGAUGUCACUAGUUGCUAUGGAGAUGACAGGCGGAUGAUUGGUCUGUCCCACAAAAUGGCUGUCCUGGAGAGUGGACAAGUGCGGUCACUGUCAUAUUGACUGUUUUGAUAGAGGGGGUAAUUAGGUAGUAUUGUUAAUUGUUUUGACUAAUGAAGGAUUUGCCAAAUUCAUACGUAAUUUAUAAAUGGUGUAUUUAUGUCUUAUUGCGAAUAUCCUGACCAGCGGUAAUGAUUUCAUCAUGAGCGGUCGGUAUUGGCAGCGGAACACUCCGGAUCAUAAGCCGAUUGGAUAAUAUGGUAUAAAUUGUACAAAUGUGAUUUAACACAUAUGGCCAGAUGUAAUAGCUCCUACGUUUGGCAGCCGCAUGGGAUGCCAGACGAACUCUGACAUGUGUUUUUUAAAGGAGCACUCAUGUACUAGGCAUGGUUUAGCCUUGUACGUGAUUGCCUCUUUAAAAAAAAAACAAAAAAAAAACUCAGAGUUCGACCGGCCUCCUGCACGGCCUCCGAACUCAGGGCACUAUUACAUCCGGCCCGUAGUGACCAUUAUACUUAUAAUUAUCACUGCAGAUAUUGGCCUUCUAAUAUGAACCACAGCUGUCUCUGGUUGUUUGCACCGGAUUGCUGUAGAUUUGUGGGGUAUUGCCAAGAGGCAGAACCGGCUGCACCAAUAGGAGCCACGGGAUCCGGUCAUGUGACAAGUGCUGGGGAUCCCAGCAGUCUCCAUGCCGACUGUUGGUGCCACAAUUUUUGUGCUGCCCGUAACCUUUGCAUUAGCCCUCCAUAUGGGGGGAAGGGUACGAUAGUACCCUUACUCAUUAUUAAAAGGUGGCUCCUAUGGCUGGAGUGAUGUAUGGAUGAUCUACCCCGUACUGUAAAUUAUAAGAAGCCAGUGAGGAUUUCCAUGACCAUAUAAGGGCACAGGACCACAGGCUGAGGCGACUUAUAAUUUACAGUGCGAGGUUCCUUACUAUAAUACACAAGUUUUCCUAAUAAACAUUCAGGCAACGACACCAGAACUCACAGGUGACACAGAUAUUGGUUACAGCUAAUAUGGAUAUAUUAUUAGCUCUUGUGGGUUAUCUAUAAACACAUUCCGUGUUAUGUCACUUAGAUGCUGCUGUAUAUUGCUUGUAUAUUGCUCUUAUUUAUAUUAUUCCUCCCCGGCGUCAUACACCUGCACAGAAUCUGCCAUCGAUGGGACAGUGUGUCUGGGUGUAUUAGAGAUUCUGUAAACUGGGCUAAUGUAUUGAUCAUAUUAUGUUCUAUCUACAGCUGGAUAAAGCAGACUGUGCUAGGUACCUAGUAAUGUACAGGGGCACCGUGCUGCGUCUACGCUGUAAUCAGACACUAGUAACAGGCUGCGCUCCUUUGUGCACUGGCCGCUACAUUCCCGUAACUUGUAUUAAAUCGUGUUCCGUGAACUCAUAAACUGCCAAUCAGAUUACUUUGUUUCUCCAUGUACUCAUAACCAUGAUCUGUCAUUAAAGAGACUGUAACAUUUCAGAA